AUGUUCAAAAAUUUCAAGGAAAAAGGUGCUUCAUUGUUUGAUUCCAAACAAUCCAAUGCAUCGAAUACUUCGGAAAGCGAUCGAGGUCAAGAUCUAUCAUCGAUCUUAGACAGAUCACAGCGUGGAGACCUGACGGUUCUCGUGGCCGAAACUGCCGAGUCGAUGCGCGUCGAGAUUCUGGAGCUAUUUGAAAACAAGAAAGACGGAUCUCUCGAUCCCUCGUCUCCGCGUCCGUCUCCACAACAGGAUCCCCAUCCAGAUAAACCAGAAGAUUCGCCGAAGUUGCCCCCGCGCCCACAGCGCAAGCCAGUCCCAGGUGAAGCUGGAAGCAAGAAACCCGAGUCGCCGAGCAAGCCGUUGAAGCCUCAAGCUAAAGUAACUGCGCUGUCCACUUUUGAGAACUGGAGAGACUCGGUUCUGCUGCGGGUUGGCGAGGUUGUGAACCAAGACAAUGAGGAUCAGCCAGACCAGCAGGGUCAGUCUGACUUGCAAAAGGCUGCUCAGGCAGAUGAUCUUCCUUUAGACGAGGAUGAAGAUAGACUGAAGAAAUUGCAAGAAAUCUAUCACCCCGUGGAAACGCCGCUGCUGCAACUUCCUAAAGCCACAAGACUCCUCAUUCUUCACUCGCUGCUCCUCUUGCUCCUUAGCUUGGAGCAUUACAGUGCUUACUCGCGAGUGCUGAUGUUGAAUGUUGCGUCCAGCCUGAAUAUAGAUAUCAAUAUUCUUAAUCAGGAUGAAGUCAAGGUCGCUCGUGGCUUGCUGGCUACUGCACUGGCCCUUUCCGCCGACCAAAGCGCCGAAGAAAAGCCGAAGAAGAACGACGACAUGCGCAAAUGGAAAGUUGGCAUUGCAUCAGUGGCUGGUGCCGCUUUGAUCGGUCUGACUGGUGGUCUUGCCGCUCCAUUGGUAGCCGCAGGCCUAGGAACCGUUCUGGGUGGAGUAGGCCUAGGCGCUACUGCCGCUGCCGGUCUGCUAGGUACAUUGGCAGGAAGCAGUGUUGUGGUCGGUGGGCUUUUCGGUGCUUAUGGUGGACGCAUGACCGGUCGCAUGAUGGACAAAUAUGCCCGCGAAGUGGACGACUUUGCGUUUAUCCCUAUUCGCGGCGAAGGUCGUCGCAAUCAGAAGGACAAAGAGUCUGCUGAGCAGGAUCAUCGCCUGCGAGUCACUAUUGGUGUCACUGGCUGGGUCAAAGAGGAAUCGAACUUCGUGGUCCCAUGGCGGGUGGUCGGCUCCGACUCGGAGGUUUUCGCUCUUCGUUGGGAAAUGGAACCACUCAUGAACCUGGGCAAUGCCAUUUCCGCGCUUGUGACCAGCGCCGCCUGGUCGGUUGCCGGCCGUGAGGUCCUGGCCCGUACUGUCUUCUCCACGCUCAUGAGCGCUGUCAUGCUCCCCCUUGGCUUGAUGAAGGUUGCAGGCGUUGUUGACAACCCUUUCAGUGUGGCCAAGUCCCGCGCCGAUAAGGCGGGGGAAGUACUUGCAGAUGCGCUGAUCAACAAGGCGCAAGGAGAACGCCCGGUGACUUUGAUAGGAUACUCUCUUGGAUCCCGACUCAUCUUCUCUUGCCUCCAGACCCUAGAGAAGAAGAACGCGUAUGGGCUGGUCGAGUCUGUCAUUCUGAUGGGCUCGCCGACUCCUUCGAAUAAGGAGUACUGGCAAAAGAUUCGCAGCGUCGUCAGCGGGCGGGUCGUGAACGUUUAUUCGGAGAAUGACUCUGUUCUAGCCUUCCUGUACCGCACCAGUAGCAUGCAACUCGGUGUCGCCGGACUUCAGGCUGUGGAAGGUGUUCCUGGAAUCGAGAACAUCAAUGUUAGUGAGAUGAUCAGCGGUCACCUGCGAUACCAGUACCUGCUUGGAAGGAUCCUCACUAUCACUGGACUGCAGGACCUCGACGCCAGCGAGAUCGAGCUCGAGGAAGCUGCUCUUGCGGUUGAGGAUAAGCGCCAGGAAAAGCAACGGUUGCAGAACCAGGAAGAAGCAGGCGUCACAGACCCAGAAUCUUCGGCUGCCCAGGAGGCUGUGAAUAGCAAGGAAGGGUUUGGUGAAGAUACCCGUCUGCAGAAACAGGUUGAUUCGCAAACACAGGAGAAUAUGGCGAGUCACCGGAUUGAAAUGCUUGAUCUGGAUGAUGAUGACUACUCGGCGCCCUUGAGGGAGGAUCCUUCUAAGCACUCUGCGCUCUAG